AUGGCUUACCAAUACUCCAACCCCUACAUCCCUCUCGCGCCUCCCGCCCCCCGGUCCACCUUCAAUGCGAUAAGCACUAGCUCGCAUGGGAGCCAAAUCCUAUUCGGCGGUCUACCCCUCGACGUGACAGAGAAGGAUAUACGAGACCUCCUCAUCAACGACCCUCUCGCCCUUCCUGCCUCCACCACCUCCGCACGCUCCAUCUACACCCAAGAAAGCAAGUUUACUGGAUUCGCAAUAGUCACGGUCGGGAACGACGUGGAUGCCGAGCGGAUCCGACGUGAAUACUCUGGCGAGACUAUCGACGGGACUUUCCGUUUGACGGUUCAGCAUAUCCUCUCCCCGACUCAGCCGUUCCCUUCCGCUUCCAACGCUCCCCAACCUUUCGCCCCUCCUCCGCAAGCGGUACCGCGCCCACCCCCAGCUGCGCCAGUAUGGGCGCCUCAGGCCCUUCCUCCUCGCGCCUCUGUACAACAGCAAGCACCGCGUAAUGCUCAGAACGAGAAGGCGCCGGGUCUAAAGCUGCUCGCUCGCCUAAGCGGACCAGGAGGAUCAAGUGCCAACAGCCGACAGGGAGCUCUUCUCGCUCAGCAGAAGGCCAACCUGAAUGGCGGCGGACGACCCGGUGCCGCUCUCCUUUCCCGUAUCGCCAAACCCAACGCAAAACCCUCCCCCGCCGCCAAAGUCAACCGAGCCAAGCAAGCCAUUGCAGUCGAGCGCGCACCCGCAGCCAGCAAGCCGAAAGCCAAGACCCAAGCGGAGCUCGACGAGGAGAUGAGGCUGUACACGCGUCAAUCUAGAUUCACAUAG